AAAGGGCAAAGGGCAGCGUCCGGGGUUGAGCUAGAGCAAGCCAGGCUUGGGAAUGGCGGCGGCGUCCGGGGAGCCCGCGAGGCCCCGGCAGGAGGAGGUGGCGGCAGCGGUGGUGGUGGUGGGUUCCUGCAUGACCGACCUGGUCAGUCUUACUCCUCGCUUGCCAAAAACUGGAGAAACCAUCCACGGACAUAAGUUUUUCAUUGGCUUUGGAGGAAAAGGUGCCAACCAGUGUGUCCAAGCUGCUCGGCUUGGAGCAAAGACGUCCAUAGUCUGCAAGGUUGGCAAAGAUUCUUUUGGCAAUGAUUACAUAGAAAACUUAAAACAAAAUCAUAUUUCUACAGAAUUUACAUAUCAGACCAAAGAUGCUGCCACAGGAGCUGCUUCUAUAAUUGUCAACGAUGAAGGCCAGAAUAUCAUCGUCAUAGUGGCUGGAGCAAAUCUGCUUUUGAAUACUGAAGACUUGAAGAAGGCAGCCAGUGCCAUUAGCAGGGCCAAAGUGCUGAUCUGCCAACUCGAAAUAAGCCCAGCGACUUCUCUGGAAGCUCUGACAAUGGCCCGCAGCAGUGGAGUGAAAACAUUGUUCAAUCCGGCUCCCGCCAUUGCUGACCUGGACCCACGAUUCUACACCCUCUCCAGUGUGUUCUGCUGCAAUGAAAGCGAGGCUGAGAUUUUAACGGGCCUCGUGGUGAACAGCCCAACUGAGGCUGGGAAGGCUGCGUUGGUUCUCCUAGAACGGGGCUGCCAGGUCGUGGUCAUCACCUUAGGGGCUUCAGGAUGUGUGACACUGUCACAGGCGGAACCUGUACCAAAGCACAUCCCCACAGAAGCAGUCAAGGCUGUGGAUACCACGAAAACUGAAUAGUUUGAAGAAUAAAGAUUCCAACUUCAUGUCCCUGUCAGAGUAAAAGGCCUCUUCUCGGUAGAAGUCACCUCGUCAACUGGGCGGAGGGGGGCUCUACAGCUCAAGAGACAGGAGACUCCGCCUGUCUCCUCAGCAGUCGGCCAUGACUGAAGCAGGUCAGAAAACUCCUGAGCCUUGAACACCUCACGUCCAAAUGGAGCUGCUCUGUUAAUGGUACGGACUGGGAAAGGCACUUCAGAGAGAAGUGACCACGGGCUUCCUUCUGGAGCCGGAUCUUUGACUCUGAUAUUUUCGUUUGAGGUCUAGAUAUUUUCUUUCAUUCCUUCAACAAUACCAAUUCGAUUCUGAUCACAUACCAAAGAAAGAAUUUUUUAAAAAGAAAUUAUAUCUCACAUGAUUUCCAUAACAGAAUACAGCUGAUGUAUAACAAGCCAAGUAACACCAAAAACUCCUUGGGAUUUGGCUUUCUGUGGAGGAAUUCCAUGAUCCCUUCAGAACAAAGAGUGGAAGAUGUCCGGCUCAUACGGGAACAGCACCCCACCAAGAUCCCGGUGAUAAUAGAGCGAUACAAGGGCGAGAAGCAACUGCCCGUCCUGGACAAAACCAA